UUUCUGAGAUCUCGACUCAAUCUACUCUAUAAAUUGACCCCCAUCUUCUGCUUAUAAAUGUGAGACGGUGGAGGGGGAAAAAAAAAAAAACACAAAUCAUCUGUGACAAUGGAAAGCUUUCAAACUCAUCUGUUGCUCUUGAGCCUGCUGACGAUCCUAAUACUGGCGAAUUGGAUGGUAUCAGCGAGUCAUGACUCGGCUUCAUUUAAUCGGAGUAGCUUUCCGGAUGGUUUCAUUUUCGGGACUGCAUCUUCUGCUUACCAGUUUGAAGGUGGAGCAAAAGAUGAUGGCAGAGGCCAAAGUAACUGGGAUUUUUACACUCAUAAAUAUCCAGGUAAGAUAAGGGACCAUAGCAAUGGAGAUGUAGCAAUCGAUUCUUAUCAUCGGUUCAAGGAAGACGUGGCGACAAUGAAGGAUUUUCGGUUGGAUGCAUACAGAUUCUCCAUCUCUUGGUCUAGGGUUUUACCUCAUGGAAAACUAGGUCGAGGAAUAAACAAGAAAGGUGUUCAAUAUUACAACAACCUCAUCAACGAGCUUAUAUCGAAAGGAAUCCAACCCUUUGUAACUCUGUUUCACUGGGAUAUUCCUCAAGCCUUGGACGAGGAGUAUGGUGGUUUCUUAAGUCCUCAAAUUAUUGAUGACUUCCAAGACUAUGCGGAGCUUUGUUUCAAGGAGUUUGGUGAUAGAGUAAAGUAUUGGAUCACUUUGAAUGAGCCAUGGAGUUACACCAAUGGAGCAUUCAACUUGGGAAUCUUUCCGCCUGGACGAUGUUCUAAAUGGGUGGGAGACUGUACUGGUGGGAAUUCUGCGACUGAGCCCUACUUGGGAACUUACCACCAGCUUCUUGCUCAUGCUGCUGCUGUGAAAGCAUAUAAGGAAAAGUACCAGGCAUCUCAAAAGGGGAAGAUUGGAAUUUCAUUAGUGUCUGACUGGAUGGUGCCUAUCUCAGAGGACAUUUCCACCAAAGCUGCGGCCAAAAGAUCUCUUGAUUUCAUGUUUGGAUGGUUUAUGCAACCAUUAACCUAUGGUGAUUAUCCACAAAGCAUGAAAAAUCUAGUUGGAAAUCGGUUACCGAAAUUCUCAGUAAAGCAGUCGAAGAUGGUAAAAGGAUCUUUUGACUUCCUCGGGCUAAAUUACUACACUGCUAAUUACAUAACUAAUGUCCCCUUAUCCAGUGAUGUUAAAAUGAGUUAUUAUGCAGAUGUCCAUGCUAAUCGCUCGACUUCAAGGAAUGGGAUUCCCAUUGGUCCAAUGGCUGGUUCGGAUUGGUUGUUCAUGUAUCCCCGAGGAAUAUGGGAUUUGUUGCUCUAUACGAAGAGAAAAUAUAAUAAUCCAAUGAUUUAUAUUACUGAGAAUGGGGUAUCAGAGCUUAAUAACAGUACACAGACGUUGGAGGAAGCCUUGACAGAUAACAUGAGGAUAGACUAUUUUUAUCGUCAUCUUUUAUUCGUCAAAAAAGCCAUCAAGGAGGGUGUUAAUGUGAGGGGAUACUUUGCAUGGUCAUUGUUCGACAACUUUGAGUGGGCCUAUGGUUAUACAGUUCGAUUUGGCAUUCACUAUGUAGAUUUCAAAAAUGGAUUGAAGAGAUACCCAAAACGCUCUGCCUAUUGGUUCAAAAGGUUCCUUCAUGGUUAGACUAAAAAACGAUUAGCUACAAUAUAUAUGGUCUUUAUUUUCCGUGGCAGUUAUAGCUAUUACCGAUGAUUAGUUGCCAUUUCCAUUCCAUGCUUAUGUACUUCCAUUAUAUUGUGUUUAUCCCAUAUUUAGUAAACCCCUUCCGACA